AUGGAGGAGUUGGCCAGAGAGAGCAUCAGUCUGCUGGCGUCGGCCAAGCCCGUGCUCGACGUGAACGGUCCGCGGCUCGGCUCGAUGGGGGCCAUCUUCAUCAUGCUCAAGUCCGCCCUGGGCGCCGGGCUCCUCAACUUCCCCUGGGCGUUCGAGAGGGCCGGGGGCAUCCGCAGCGCCGUCACCGUGGAACUGGUCUCCUUAGUCUUUUUGAUCAGUGGUCUGAUCAUACUGGGAUACUCCUCCUCUAUCUGUGGCCGAUGUACCUACCAGGGCGUGGUGAAGGAGGUGUGUGGGCCAUCCAUCGGUAAGCUAUGCGAGAUCUGCUUCGUCUUCAACCUUUUCAUGAUCUCCGUGGCCUUUCUGGUCAUAGUGGACGACCAGCUGGAGAAAUUGUAUCACUCCCUGUACGAGUCUGUAACUGGUUUGUCAGAGUCGGAGAUGCCCUACUACUGGUACACAGACCAGCGCUUCGCUCUGCUCCUGCUCUGUGUCCUCCUCAUCCUCCCUCUGUCCAUCCCCAAGGAGAUCAGCAUUCAGAAAUACAUCAGUGUUCUAGGUACCGUGGCAGCAACCUACCUGACAAUAGCCAUCAUAGUGAAGUACCACACAGUGCCUUCCAUACAGGUUCAUAUCGCCCCACUCUACAGCAGCGGGAUCAGCUCCUGGGCCUCCAUGUUUAGCGUCAUCCCAACCAUCUGCUUUGGUUUCCAAUGUCAUGAGGCGUCUAUUGCAAUCUACAGCAGCAUGGAGAACCAGAGGCUCUCCCACUGGGUCUUCAUCUCCGUGGUCUCCAUGAUCUUCUGCCUUGUCAUCUACUCUCUAACUGGAGUUUAUGGAUACCUGACGUUUGGCAAGACUGUGAAAGCAGACAUCCUGAUGUCCUACACGGGUGACGACGUCCUGAUGCUCAUCGCCAGGCUUCUGUUUGGAAUAUCUAUAAUCACCAUCUACCCUAUAAUCCUACUGUUGGGCAGGUCGGUGAUUCAGGACCCCCUGCUGGGCUGGCGCCGCCGUCGUUACGGGAUGGCGACGGAGGAGUUCGAAAGCCGUAGCCGCUACAUACUGACGGUCCUGUGGAUAACCGUGACGCUUCUCAUCGCCUUCUUUGUGCCAGACAUAAGCAAGAUCAUCAGUGUCAUCGGCGGGAUCAGUGCCUUCUUCAUCUUUAUCUUCCCAGGGCUGUGUCUGAUCUUUGCCAUGCAGUCCGAGCCUGUAUCCUGGAAGACCAGGGUUGUUCUAACAGUUUGGGGUGUAGUGACGUUGCUCUGUGGAGCCUUUAUCUUCGGCCAGAGCACCAGCAUCGCCGUCAUGCAGCUCCUCGGAAAAAACUGA